AUGGCACCGAACCCAGCUGAAGCUCUCGACUCGUCGACCGAGCUCUGGACGAUGCCGACCUCAAACCACCAGCGCCAGCAACGACGUGCCGCGGCUCGCCGCGCAUCUGUUGCGACCGACGACGUGCCCGACGCCGUCCCGCGGCCGAAAGGAAGAGGCCCGCGCAACCACUUCUGGGACCCGCGGCCGCCGGGCGUGCGGCGGCACAACGAGUCGAACGAACCGAACCAGCGCAGAGCGGCGCGUCUCGCGAGCGCCCGCGGCCGCCACGCCGACGCCGUCCGCGGCCGACGGUGGUCGCGAAUCAACGCGGCGCGGUGCAACGAGGCCAAGUCCUUCCAGGCUCCCGCCAGCAGCGCCUCGUGGCGUGGGCUGCACGGCCCUUCGAGACGGCCCGGGGGGCGGACGGCUGGACCAUUGGCCCGCGUGCCAGGCGUCCGGGACGGCCGGGUAUCGGCUCCGUACUUUGAGCCCUCUUGGGCCACCCUCGCGUCCACCGGCCGGCAGAGCACCGCUUGGGCGACUCAGACGGCCCGCCCGACCAGCGCGUUCGAUCGUGCCGCCCCCACAGCGUCAGUGGCGUGCGUGGGGUGGCAGGCGGCGUCAGCGCAGCCCCUCGUGGGGGGGCGCAAGGCGGCACGUUCAACGCUUGCCUCGGCCCACCUCGCCUUCACGCCCGCCACCGCGACCAAGGAGGUGGCCUCGGCGGCCCAGAUGAAGCCCGUGCGGCUCGUUUGGGAGCCGCAUGCCGUCCCUCUCUCGCCGGCGCUGCUCACCACGCCCAAGCCUACGCCGAGGAACCCGUCGCGCCCGUCGCUCACGAGCUGGAACUACCUUGCAAUCGCUGAGUAA